CCUGUACGGUAAACAUCAAUAGAGUUCACGGCUUCAGCUUUGUAACGUCUUUGUAUAGACAGUAUUUUAUUUAAACGUUUUAUUUGUUUUUGCAUAUUUCCGAAACAUCCGAGUAGAAGACGCGGUUGUUAUUUAUCAGCAGCUAUAUUUGGCUGUGUUGGUUAAGACCUGCAGAAUCACAAUGACAGUUGUGUUAUAUCAGCUCUUAAAGAGGUCACAUUAAAGACUGGCAUUCAUAGUAUGUCUUUGGUCCAAGCGACGCGAUACACUAGCGUUUAGUAUGGCAGCGUUACUUUUGCUGCGUGGAAGCAAAUGUUACGACAAACGGAUUUGGUCGUUGUCGUCUCGUUUCAGUUGUUUUCAAACCAGCAGAAAACUCCUGGAGAACAAUCUAGUGACUCCAAACACAAGAGGUCUGAAAUCAGGACGCAUUCAGAACAUUUUGACAAAGCCUUUAAUCCCAAGGCUUAUUGGACUUGAAUUCCAAUGUCGCCACAAAUUGGUCACAAAUCCUAUGAAACUGUGGAAACUAUUAGGCACUACUCAUUAUUUCAGCACAUCCAACAGAAGACAUGAAAAGAAAGAGGGUGGGAAAGGGAAGACCCCAGAGGAGGAUGAAGAAGAGAAAAAGAGACGAGAGCAAGAGGAUCAGAUGUAUAGGGAGCGACUGCGCACACUUUUUAUUAUCGCUGUCAUCAUGAGCUUGCUCAACUCCAUCAAUACCAGUGGGGGGAACAUAUCCUGGAAUGAUUUUGUGAAUGAAAUGUUGGCCAAAGGGGAGGUGUCGCGAGUACAGGUGGUACCAGAGAGCGACAUUGUCGAGAUCUACCUUCACCCUGGUGCAGUCAUCUUCGGAAGACCUAGACUGGCCCUGAUGUACCGAAUGCAGGUGGCCAACAUUGACAAGUUUGAGGAGAAGCUUAGAGCAGCAGAGGAAGAGCUGAAUAUAGAUGCCAAAGACAGAAUACCAGUGACCUACAAGCGUACAGGCUUCUUUGGGAAUGCCCUUUAUGCGCUCGGUAUGGCUGCCAUUGGGGUUGCAAUCCUCUGGUACAUCUUCCGACUGGCAGGAAUGGGUGGGAGAGAUGGCGGCUUUAGUGCAUUUAAUCAGUUGAAAAUGGCUAAAUUCACUAUUGUCGAUGGGAAAUCUGGGAAAGGCGUAAGCUUCAAAGAUGUUGCGGGUAUGCAUGAGGCUAAGAUGGAAGUCAAAGAGUUUGUGGACUAUCUAAAGAAUCCAGACAGAUACCUUCAGCUUGGGGCCAAAGUACCUAAAGGCUCUCUGCUUCUGGGGCCCCCUGGCUGUGGUAAAACCCUGCUUGCUAAGGCAGUGGCGACAGAGGCUCAGGUGCCCUUCCUCGCCAUGGCAGGUUCAGAGUUUGUGGAGGUGAUUGGAGGCCUUGGUGCCGCAAGAGUGCGAAGUCUUUUCAAAGAGGCUCGAGCUCGAGCUCCAUGCAUCGUCUACAUCGAUGAGAUUGAUGCUGUGGGGAAGAAACGCUCCACAAACAUGUCUGGUUUCUCAAACACAGAGGAAGAGCAGACCCUCAACCAGCUGCUGGUGGAGAUGGACGGAAUGGGUACCACAGAUCAUGUGAUUGUCCUGGCUUCCACUAAUCGGGCAGAUAUUCUGGACAAUGCACUCAUGAGACCGGGCAGGCUUGAUAGACACAUAUUUAUCGACCUGCCAACUCUUCAGGAGAGGAGGGAAAUCUUUGAGCAACACCUGAAGAUCCUGAAGCUCACACAGCCGGCAGACUUCUACUCCCUGCGUCUGGCUGAGUUGACACCAGGCUUCAGUGGGGCCGACAUCGCCAACAUCUGCAAUGAGGCCGCCCUUCAUGCUGCCAGAGAGGGUUACAAGUCCAUUGACACCUUUAAUUUUGAGUAUGCUGUGGAGAGAGUCAUUGCAGGGAGUGUGAAGAAGAGUAAAAUCUUGUCUAAAGAAGAGCAGAGGAUAGUGGCCUUCCAUGAGUCUGGUCAUGCUUUAGUGGGAUGGCUGCUAGAACACACCGAAGCUGUCAUGAAGGUUUCAAUAGCUCCCAGGACGAAUGCCGCUUUGGGCUUUGCUCAGAUGCUGCCGAAGGAUCAGUAUUUGUUCACCAAAGAGCAGCUGUUUGAGAGGAUGUGCAUGGCUUUGGGUGGACGAGCCUCUGAGGCCAUCACCUUCAAUAAGGUCACCACAGGUGCUCAGGAUGACCUGCGGAAGGUGACCCGGGUGGCCUACUCCAUGGUGAAGCAGUAUGGGAUGGUUGCCAGUGUGGGCCAUGUGUCCUUCCCUGACUCUGAGGAUCAGGGAGGUAUUGGACGGAGACCGUUCAGCCAAGGCCUCCAGCAGCAGAUGGACCUUGAAGCUAAGUUGCUAAUAGCAAAGGCCUACAGGCACACAGAGAAAUUGCUUUUGGACAACAGAGACAAACUUAUUUUGCUGGCUAAUACCCUGCUGGAGAGGGAGGUGGUCAACUACGAUGACAUCGAGGCUUUGCUGGGACCUUCUCCGUUUGGACCCAAAAAGAUGAUCGCCCCUCAAAGCUGGGUGGAGGCCGAAAGAGACAAGCAGGACACAGGGGAAGAUGAGCCACGCAGACGGCAGAGACCGAUCCGCAAAGACAAGGAUGAUGACAUCAAUCUGAGCCCAGCGUGAGCUUCCACAACACAUGUGGAAGUCCAAGAGUGGACUUUUAAGGGAAGAAAAAAAAAAAGGAAAUGUGUCUGCUGUUCUCGCCCCUGAUGUUCCAGUUAGACCUGAUCUGACUGAAUGAAAAAUAUAUUAUUUUGGCCAGUAAUUAUAUUUUAUAUGUCUUUAGGACAUUUAAUUGAAACAAAAAGCAACAUACAAGCAUCAAUCAAGCAUUUAAGAGCAAUACUGUGUUUUUCUCAAUAAGGAACCACUCUUUUAAAGAGUAGUAGAAACCUCCUUUGAAAAUUGCAUGAAAUCUGUUUUUAAAACAAUAUUUGUGCUUUUUUGAGCUUCUUUCCAGACCAGAUCAAACUGGUUUUGUAAGACCAGGUAAGCAUUGCUAGCAGUGUGUCUGAAGUCAGUGGAUAUUCUGCACCAUAUGUAAUAAAUUAUUACAUUUGUGUUUAAA